AUGGAAUCCGAACGCGACAGCACCCCGUCUAUCUGGCGUAAGCCCAUAAACACAGCCGAUGCUGUUGCUCGGCCCACCAGCGUUGAGUCUAGGUCAGUUGAACCUGCAAGUGAGCCGCUUCUAUUGGACCAAGAAAACGACCCAAACACUCCUACAAAAGCUUUCGAUCAAAAACAAUCCGCCAGCGCUGUUGGUGUAGUACCCAUCAACGACCAAAUUCACAGGUCGACUUUGAACCAGGAAGAUUUUGCCGUUGGGGGAUACAGGACAGAGAAAGUCAGUCCGUGCGCGGAAACCAUUGUCCCAAGUAGGGUAAGCUGGCAAAACACCCUGCGGCGUAUUAUCGAGGGUUGGUGGCAGGAGAUGCUUUGCUGUUUAGUCAGCGUCGUCGCUCUAGUAACCCUGACAAUGACCUUGAAGAAAUUCAAUAAUCAGCCUCUGCCUGAUUGGCCAUCCGGUAUCACUUUGAAUACAGUUCUAGCUUGCAUAGCCACCAUAUGCAGAUCCGCACUACUUAUUCCUGUAACAGAAGGUUUAGCACAAGCCAAAUGGGUUUGGUUCAAGCAGCCACGACCGCUCAAGGACUUCGAAGCAUUUGACAAGGCGUCAAGAGGCUUAGGUGGUAGCUUAAACUUGCUCUCUCACACCAAGGGAUGGUUUGUUGGUAUCAUCGCUGCAUUUCUUUUGAGUACCACGAUUGCAACAUCAACAAUCACACAAUUUGCCGUCACAUACCCGUCUAGAUUUAACCAAGAUGGAAGCAAGGGAAGUGCAGAGGCAUGGAGGUUAGGGGAGAGCUGGGGGAAGGAUGAGUCGAAUUAUGCUUUCAUGAACAAGCCAGCAAUUGCAAGAGGUGUCAGACGAGGAAUCCAUAAUUUGGUGACCGAAACGAUCCCCUUUAGAGAACCGAAGUGUGCCUCGGCCAACUGCAGAUGGCCAGAAUUCCGCACGCUUGCUAUAGGAUACGAGGCUACGAAUGUCACCCACCUGAUCGAGGCGGAUGUCAAUUUCCACGAUGGUAAUCCUAAUAUCACUCUGCCGAAUGGUGUUUAUACAGAACCGGGCAAAAGUCGUGUCAGAUACACUGGCGCCCCAACAUUUUUCCUUGGCAGUGGGCCAACUCUAGUACAUCAGCAUUUGCGAAAUGCAUCAAUUCUCGAUUAUUUUGCUAUUUAUUGGGAGCCACCUAAUCUCAUACCUUGGGCAGUCGAAGUAUCCUCCUAUUGGUGCAUUGACACUUAUCAUCCUGAACUAGUCGAUAAUGUCCUUUGGAUGAACAAGUCGGCAUCUCAGAUCCCGAAGUUACACGCAUUGCAAGGGGAUGACUAUCGUGGAUACGUGCCUUUGGAAUCACCAGGCAAAGACGACGUCACAUGGACCAUUGGUGGGCUAUCUACGAGAACAAUAGCAUCUCAGUUAAACGAAUCGCUAAGUGGCUACACUGUCGUUCUAGCAGGAGAACCAAUGCGUGGUACAUCAGGCAGUGACAUCAUAGCACAAGCCACCAAAGAGGUUGUACAAAAGCUUGCGAAGGGCAAUUCCACGCUUGAAAUCCAGGAGGCAGAGAGAGCUUGGUGGACCGCCCUGGAGGGCAUGGCGUCCAACGUCGAUGGUGUUUCAUUAAAUACCGAGGUAUACGUCCAGGUUCGUUGGGAAUGGUUGGCACUUCUAAGUAUGCAGGUUGCCCUCUCUAUCUUUCUUCUGAUUUGCAUUAUUGUUGAGUCAGCGAAAGCAGAGGUCGAAGUUAUGAAAGGUUCGACAGUGCCAGUAUUGUUUGCCAUCAAUGCGGUAGAUAAGGCUAGGAUGGAAAAUGGGGACAUCGAUUUGGAUUCAUUGAGAGAGAUGAAGCAUCAUCAGCAGCUGGCUCACGUUAACCUACACAAGGUCGGUCAAAAAUGGGUCUUGCAGUAG